UUCGAGAAAUCGGCUUUCAUUGCGUCAACAGUAGCGCCAGGCGCAACUUGUAGCAGCAUCCACUCUAUAGAAUACCGGUGUACUGCGGGGAAUAAAUUGCCCAUCAAGACACUACGUCACAAAUGUUAACAAGUUGCUUGUGCAGGGCAUGGAAAGCCAAUGUUGUUCUGGAACGUUGGACUCGAGUUCUCCACUUGCUUGUUCGAAUCACUGCUGUGUUGGUUGUCUCGUCGCUCUUUCUUUUUAUAAGCGAAUCUCAAAGCCUCCUUUCCUUCGCAAAAGCGCGUUCGGGUCGUAUCGCUACUGCGCUUCGAUCAUCCACGGUCUGUCCUCAGAAGAGCCAUGCUUCAAAUCAGCCCACCUCGUCGCACUGGUGGAAUGAGAGCGUAUGGAACGAUCGUCCAAAAUACGGCGAAUAUGGCGUUUGCUCCUGGAUACCGCGAAACGCAUCGGUCGCGAGUCUUUGGAAUGAACUGCUGUUCCAGAACAAUUUCUUGCCGUACCUUCAGACGGUGCUUUUUAUGAACCACAAGAAUACGAAGACGUCGAGGGAGGUCUUGCUUGACAGUGAGCAAGAUUCGUUGGCGUGGAAAGUUCUAUUACGUACACUUUUAAAACCCUCCUUCUUGCAACGUGCCGUAAAGUCGCAACCACACCAAACGACUUGGAUGAAAGACGUUCUGCAAAAGAUUGUCCCCGAAAAGCUAUCUUCGGGUGGGCCACUCCGGGUAUUAGUGCUGACAACAGCUAUUCCCAACGUGGGCAUAAAAGACUGCGAGCUCGAUGGUAGUGAGUCCGACAGCUGCGCCUUAUGGACGGCAAAGCUGCAAUCUAUCUUGGAUCCAUCAAUGGUCCGCAUUACGACGCUUGUCGCUCCAAGCUUCGCUACAACAGAGUUCUACACAGAGCGCAUACUUGCGCAACCCUUGUUUUUGCGUGAUGCUAAACACGACAGCGAUCACGUGCCGUAUGAUGUCAUCGUUCACGAUUUAAUUCGUCAAGAUAUGGCCUUGACCGAGCGGAAACAUAGUUUGUUGCUGAACGUCGACUUUGCUGAACGCCGACUUCAUGCCAUCCAACGGUUUGUGAGGGCUGUACAGAAAGCUGAAUCCACCACCGUCUUUGAUUGCACCGGUGGCUCGGUGCGAGGUCGAGCGCCAGUUGUGUUGUUUUUAGACGACUAUAUGGGCGGUUACCACGAUAGCAUCUUGGCCGAUUCCAUACAAGGUCGCAUAACGCAACAAGUCGCAGAUCAUUACCAGUUAGGCUUUAUAUCGUAUUCCCGCGCCAUGCAGCGAAAUAUGUGGGCUGAUGGGACGCGCAACAUUUUUGGGGGAGGUGCCAUGGACCCGAAAGGAGUGGCUACCCAAAGGCUUGAACAAACUUCAAUUUUGUUCACUGUACUGUACAGUCUUUUGUCUUAUACAGUCGACUCAUGUAGGCACGGCAGUCGUACGGAAGAGGACAAGUCGAGGCCCUCGUUUUUCUCUCCGAACGUGCAGGAGCUUGCGAAUGCUGUCAUGCCUCCUUAUUUGGGUUCCAAUUUAACUUUGAUCAAUGUGAAAGAUCAAUGGCAAGAGGAAAAAGAUGCACAACGAGAACGUAAAAUGCGAUUCUGUGUACAUGCAGAUUGA